UGUGCUGUGGUGCCACCGGGCCUGGGAUCGGAGGGAGUAAGCUGUGCGCGCCCGGAGGCCCCGGGCCGUCGGGCGCCCGUCUUGUCUCCAGCCAUGGGGUCGGCGGCGCUGGAGAUUCUUGGCCUGGUGUUGUGCCUGGUGGGCUGGGUGGGCCUGAUCCUGGCGUGCGGGCUGCCCAUGUGGCAGGUGACCGCUUUCCUGGACCACAACAUCGUGACGGCGCAGACCACCUGGAAGGGGCUGUGGAUGUCGUGCGUGGUGCAGAGCACAGGGCACAUGCAGUGCAAGGUGUACGACUCGGUGCUGGCGCUGAGCACAGAGGUGCAGGCGGCGCGGGCGCUCACCGUGGGCGCCGUGCUCCUGGCGCUUGUCGCGCUCUUCGUGACCCUGGCGGGCGCGCAGUGCACCACCUGCGUGGCCCCCGGCCCGGGUAAGGCACGCGUGGCCCUCACGGGCGGCGCGCUCUACGCGCUCUGCGGGCUGCUGGCACUCGUGCCGCUCUGCUGGUUCGCCAACAUCGUGGUCCGGGAGUUCUACGACCCGACCGUGCCCAUGUCGCAGAAAUACGAGCUGGGCGCCGCGCUUUACAUCGGCUGGGCCGCCUCGGCGCUGCUCAUGUGCGGCGGCGGCCUCGUGUGCUGCGGCGCCUGGGUCUGCGCCGGCCGCCCCGACUUCGGCUUCCCGGUCAAGUACUCGGCGCCGCGGCGGCCUACGGCCAGCGGCGACUACGACAAGAAGAACUAUGUUUGAGUGCGCUUGCGCGGCAGGGCCGCGAGCGGGAGGACCGGCCAGGGUAGCCCCGCAUGGACGGCGGCCUCCGCGGCGCACAGGCUCUGCGGAAAUCUGGGUCCUGCGCACGGACCGGACUCUG